UCUUACUCACAGAGCUCUCACACAAGGCUUCAAGUUGUUCUCCUGAACAUGUCUUCGUGUGAUCGCUUUGCAGCACAUGUACAGUACAGACCGUACAUGCAUACAGUACGGCUCAGAAACGACGCGUUAGCUGAGGUAAUACGCGCCCGCAAGUUUUUGGUGAAUCCGACGUCAACAGUUGGAUCUUCGAUUUCGUGCAAACGCCUGGCUCUUGCUUUACCAGCUCUCCCGUCAACCUAUACCAACACCCAUUAUAAUCACUCUGACUGGCAGCCAUGGCCUCUUCACUAGAAGAAACGGUAGCCCAAUCGAUCGAGAUCUUGACCAAAGUAGUUAAAAAGACUCCACUGACGCCGAAACUGCUGUCAAAGCCACCAUUCAGAUACCUCCAUGAUCUGAUCAGCGAAGUCAUAUCGACUUCAGAUUUCGGAAGCGGUCUAUUCACCGAGGACGAAAGCAAAUCAGAGAAUGUGAAAGAUAAGGAGGCCAAAGUAGCCUACUUGACGAAAAUCAUCGAUUGCGUGGGCAUCGCAACCGAGGCGGACGUCAAGGCCAACCCGUUGAAGAUCGUGGCGGGGCUGGAGGCGGAGGAGACGAAUGCGUUUUUGCAGGCAUUGGGGAGGGCGGCGGUGCAGAAAGUGGAGAGCUCGGAUGCAGUGAAGAGAGUUCUGGCUGGGGAGCAUCAAGGGGCUGCGCCGAAACGACGGAAGUCGAGAGAUGCGUCGGUGGGAGAGAAACCUGCUGGGGAGAAGCUGCAAGCGACGAGAGUGGGGAAGAGCACGACGAAUUUACGAGGCGGGAAGUCGGAUGCAUCGCUGGAAAAGCAGGCCUCAUCAGCAGCGGUAGCGUCAUCCAGCAAAAAGUCGAAAGAGAACCUGGCCAAAGGGGCAUCGCAGAGUAAUCUAUCGAAAGACAAAGAUGAAGCGAAACCGCAGACCUCGCCGCGGAAGUCGAGGGAUAAUCUCGCCCAUCGAGAGUCAGAUAAGAGCGAUAUAAGAAAAUCGAAAGACGCACUGGCGUCGACAUCACAGUCAAACCUACGGGAGAAGCGAGAACGGGAUAAAGAGUCCGCCGCUGCCGCUGCACGAGGGAAAUCGGCGACAAGGAAAGAAGGGGAAGAGAGUAAACCUACCCCAUCUUCGGCGCCCCCAGCAGCGAUGAAAGAUAAGGGGUUAGAUUCGCGUUCGAUUCCUGCGGAACCAGAGCAGAUUGAGCAGCCACGACAGGAUGUGUCCCCGCCACCUUCGGCGAGACGAGAAGACCGUGAGGCAGCAGAUAAACCGCCAGCGAUACCCAGUUCCGCUCCAUCAGCGCCAUCAGACGACUUAGUGCCGGAUGAAUCCGUCCGAGCAGCAGCAGCAGCCGUUGCGAUUGACAGCGAGGACCGGCAAGCACGGAUGGCUGCGACGACACGACGAAUGCGACCAGCAAGUGCACGGCCAGCGCCGCCAAGACAGAGAGCGCCGGAAGUCGCACUGGAAGAGGUUCCCAAAAAUGUCCCAACAAUCUACACCGACACGAAACAGGACGAUCCGGACGAUUUCGUGGUAAUAGCACAUGAUGCGGACGAUAUCCCGACAUUUGCAUCCGCCGAGACGACUGGUGGGCCGCUUGCUGAUGAGCACCACGGUGGUCUCGUCCGCACCAUCCUGCAAACGAAACAAGACCUCGAAGGGUCGAAAGACGGCAAUGGUGCAGAUGCGGGAGCCGACAUGCGCGCAAAGUCAGGGCCUAAGGAUCGUGCGGGGGGUAUAAAAGAAAUCGAAGCCCUCCGCGAAUCCAUCCAAGCCCUGACACGCAGCACGAAUCCCCUUGGCAAAACAAUGGAUUACAUGCAGGAAGACGUGGACAGCAUGAACAGGGAGUUGGAGAUGUGGCGGUCGGAACAUCUGAAGUAUUUGAAAGUGUAUGAGGAGGAACUGCGGAUAAGUGCAGAGGAACUUGCCCCGUUGGAAAGCCAGUUGAAGGCCGUCGAGGCCGCGAUUGAGGAGCAGCUCGACGUAAUCAGCACAACAAAAGCGUCCAUAAUACAGAACGAAACAAUGGUGCAAACCCUCCUGCAAGGGAUAUCAAAAGGGGGAGUAUGAAAUAAGACCAUUAUAUGUAUUUCCAAAAAACCGUCUCUCCUUAUGUACAAUGAUGCCCAUCCACGCAAAAUGGGAUCCCCGCUCUGCAUCCUC